GAAAGGACUAAAAUUUGGUAUGCAGUCCUUUUUAAAAAAAACCCUUCGGUGUCACGAGUAUGACACGAACACCCCCCCCCCUCCCUACCCUAUUUAACGCCAAGCCCUCAAUGAAGCACUUGGUGCUGAAGAUGGGGUCCAGAAUCGGGUCAUGCUAUCAAAUUACCGAAAUCGAAAUCGUACCCUCGGAGAUUUUAAAACCACCUUCAUUGCAGCUGAGCUCUUCGCUACGGUACUGUGCUCGAGUGUCGUAUCGCAUCCUGAGGAGCAGUAGCACUGUGCAAUCCUGGGCCGUCAGUGUCUAGCGAGAUGCUCUAAAAUCUCGACCGGUGGAAAUUAUUCCGCAGGUCUAUGGCAUCGAUAUUGCACUGCCCAAAUUCCCCGGCCAAAAACUCAGUCAUGCGGGGAUCGCUUGGCAAGGCAAAGAGCUGGAAUUGGGCGAUACGGUGUUUGUGAAAAGAUUGAGACAUGGUGAGGUCAGCGCACUCAUAAUCAGGGCGAAUUCUACCGUGCGCUGGAUGCACUAUUGCUAUCCUGGCGGGAAGGAUCGACACUGUAUGCGGAUAUCGCGAUAUUGGGGGACGGUUCCUGCUUUUCCUCGAGUGCCAUCGCUUUGCCUCAUAUGAUGAUGAGGUUACACAAGUAUACUACAAGCCCUGUUGAAAGGCCAAUCGGAUCCUUAACUCCUCGUCUUGCAAGACUGACCAAUGAAAUUCCAGGAAAGGUGGAGGAAGGUGCUUGCACAAAUGAUUGAGUGCUGGAACCAGCCUAAUAAUGGAGCGCGAAAUUCUGCGAGGGAAUUCUCGGUACGAGGGCUGAAGGAAACCUAGCCAUCUUGGCUACCGUACAAGUAGGUACCAUGCCAUGUGUCCUUACGAGAGAGUAGUUGAUAUGUUGCAGAUCCGCUGUCGUAUCAAUACGAGAAACUUCACCAGCGAGUAAGACAGUCUAUCAGUGUUCAAAGUGAACCGGGACGAGUCAGCCGGCUAACAUAUCAUGAGUUAGAGUUACGUGUUACAAAACCGGUAAAAUUGUGACGGUUACAUGUUGCCCCAGUCUCUGCCGAAAAAACACAUGCAAUAACCCGCGUUGCUCAAAAGGGUGGAGGCAAAAUGCCCGCAGGGGCCCUUCCUGCCUUUUCCCGGAAGCACCGGGGCGAGCCCCGCUGUGCGAAAGUAUCCAACACUAUCUAUUGCUGCAUUCAAAGGCCUCAAUCCAACCCAUUAUUGAAAAAUCCACUGCCAGAAUACAGCAAGACCAAUAGUUAAGGAAGGUGUUGGCGACUAUAAAUUCUUGGCUCAACGGAACCUCUUCCUGCUUCUCCGGAUCAGCCAUAAACCCAAGACCCAGCGGUCGCCCUCCGCUUCGUAUAGUACUCGAGUAGGUGCCCUGGAAUAGCACCGCCUUGGAAUAGAUACGAUGUGGAAUGAUGCAGCCUUAUCAUACCACCAAAAGCGGUACGAACCCGAAAGCAAGGGGUGUUUGGUGCUUAAUAUAAUUUUCCACUAUAUAAAGAGGGCGGGGGAACUCAAUAGGGGCAACAUCGCCAAUUGACUAUCACUCACCAUGAAGCUCAGUUCGGUUCACAUUUGCGCAGCAUUUUUGGCGGCCACGGCUGCAAGGGGUGAAAUUGUUACCUCGGAGGGGUUGCAGAAUGGUGUAACGGAGGUGGAGUUGAUGAAGAACCUCAAACAGCUGGAUCAGAUCGCACGCGACAAUGGCGGGAAUCGUGCCUUUGGCUUUCCCGGCUUCGAGGCUUCGGUAAAGUAUAUUUCCGAGCGAACCAAUCGGUUUUCUCGUACAUUCGACACUUGGAUUCAAGACUUUCCUGCGAACUUCAGCAGGGUCGAGUCCAUAUCCUUCAAAGUUGGCGAAACGGAUUACUACGUCUGGGGCCUCACAUAUUCACCAUCCACACCUCCUGAGGGUGUGACUCUCCCGCUUGUCCUAGGGCCUGAGGGUGCUGCUGCCUGUAGCGUGGAUGGGUAUGCCGGCCUUGACGUGAAGGGUAAGAUUGUGCUUGUGGAGAGAGGAACAUGCCCAACCGGCGGCACUCUGGCUGGGAGAGUCCGGCCAGCAAAAUUGGCGGGCGCAUCCAAUGUUAUUAUCUACAAUAACUCUCCUACGAAGGUUACGGGUGGGACAUUGUCUGCUCCGGAUCCGGAGGGGUUUGUAAGCAGUGGAUUUAUCAACCAGGUCGACGGGGAAGCUUUGAAGAAGAGACUUCUCGCUGGAGAGAAUAUCAUUGCAUACUUCCAGCAGACACAGCUCAUCGAGAUUAGAGUUACUCAGAAUGUCUUUGCUGAGACCAAGGGUGGUGAUCCUAAUAAUGUCAUCAUCCUUGGCGCGCAUUUAGACAGCGUCCAAGCGGGUCCCGGAAUCAACGAUGACGGUUCAGGGACAAGUUUGAUUCUCGAACUCCUUACCGCUCUCAAGAAGUACGAAGUCAAGAACAAAAUCCGCUUUGCCUGGUGGGGCGCAGAGGAGAGCGGACUCCUCGGUUCAAGGUACUACACCUCCCACCUCAGCAAAACAGAAGUCGACAAGAUCCUCCUCUACCUCAACUUUGACAUGGUCUCAAAGGGCUACUUUGGCGUCUUUGAUGGCGACGGCAGCACCCAUGGCCUCGCUGGUCCCCCGGGCUCAGACGUCAUUGAAAAGCUCUUUGUCGAAGACCUCACUAGAAAAGGCAUUACCGUCACCCCGGUGCCAUUUACCGGUUCAAGUGACUAUGCCAGUUUCAUGGAUACCCUGAAGAAGCCCAUCGGGGGUUUACACACCGGAACCGGAGUUGAGCAGGACCCGUGCUAUCACCAGGCCUGUGACGACUAUACGAAUCCAAAUUCUACCGUUUUGACAAUUAACGCUAAGACCGCCGCGCAUGUCCUCGCUGUAGUCGCUCAUGACGGACACAACUUGAUCCCUAAGAAUAAUACUAACACUCUGGUUAGACAGGACGCUACGGAUAUUGUCCAGUGGACCGUGACCGAGGGGGAUAGACACGUGGGUACUUGUGGACACGAUGUUUAGUCUUUCAUGUAUUGAUAUGGGGUGCCAGUACGGUAUGUACUUUGUGGAUGAACACAAGUUGCCUUUCGCGAUGAGGGUAUGCUUUUGGUGGAUGCAGUGGUCAACGCGUUCAUAUAAUAUCACUCGCAAGGGUGUUAGAAAGUCAAAGUGAAUGUUCAAACUGGUUAGUAAGAUACUUUCUGAAAAUCCUUUAUUUGCCGUA